AAUUAUAAUAAUAAUAAACAUCAAAUAAUAGCAGGUACCUGCGUGAGACUGUAACCAGUGAGUGUCCUGCAAGGUGCGCGUUAUUGCAGAGGAUUACUUAUAAGCAAUACUUUAAUACACACACACACACACACAUAUACACAUAUACACACACCAAGGAGCAUCACGUGAAAAUUAUUGAAGGAAAAUGAGAGUUUUCCUUGUCCUGUGUCUGGCGACGAUGGCAACUUGUGACCACUCUGAAGAAAUACAGGUCAACUCACCUCAGGUGGACCAUCAUCAUCAUCAUCAUCCUCCUCCUCAAGCGGAGCGCGUGGCUGAAUUCGUCAGGUGCACAAAGAGCACAUGGCGCAUGCCAGAGCAGUACCUUGUGGUGUUGCAGGAGGGAACACGUGACAGUCACGUGCAGCGGACAGUGCACACUCUGCGUUCUCAAGCUGCCAGGAGCGGACACACUGUCCACAUCAUGCACACUUAUUCCGGAGCCUUCUGCGGAUUUCUGAUUAAAAUGAGCAGUGAAGUCUUGUCUCUGGCUCUCAAGCUGCCCCAUGUUGCGUACAUUGAAGAGGAUUCGUCCAUUUUUGCCCAGGGCAUUCCAUGGAAUUUGGAGCGCAUCAUCCAGGCCAAGCAUGAGACUGGAAAAUACACUCCACCCAAUGAUGGUGCACAAGUGACUGUCUUCCUCCUGGACACCAGCGUUCAGGCGAAUCAUCGUGAAAUCGAGGGAAAGGUCACGGUGACGGACUUUAACAGCGUUCCUGAGGAGACUGGAGUCCGAGUUCACAGGCAGGCCAGUCAGUGUGACAGUCAUGGAACACACAUAGCUGGAGUGUUGAGUGGGCGGGACUCUGGCGUGGCACGUGGCGUUAGUGUGAAACUUGUGCGAGUGCUCAACUGUCAGGGCAGAGGCACUGUGUCUGGAGCACUGAAAGGUCUAGAGUACAUCCAUGCAUCUCUGCAGGUCCAGCCCCUCAGUCCUGUGAUCAUACUACUACCAUUUGUCGGGGGGUUCAGUCGCACUCUCAACACUGCUUGUCGAGAAAUGGUACAUUCUGGUGCAGUUCUGAUAGCUGCUGCAGGAAAUUACCAGGAUGAUGCCUGCCUGUACUCACCAGCCUCAGAACCAGAGGUGAUCACAGUAGGAGCUUCCAAUGCUAAUGACCAGCCGCUGAAUUCAGGAACAACAGGCACCAACUUGGGCCGCUGCGUGGAUCUGUUCGCCCCUGGUGAUAAUAUAAUCAGUGCCUCCAGUGAUUGCCCCACCUGCUUCACCACUAAGAGUGGCACUUCACAGGCAGCUGCCCAUGUUGCUGGUAUAGCUGCAGUUCUUCUGAAUGCUUACCCCAGUUCCAGUCCUGCUGUGGUGCUACAGUUACUCCGCCACCACUCAGUCCAGCAUGUGAUAAAUCUGAAAUCGCUGCCUUCUGAACACCUCCUCUCUACCCCUGACAUGGUGGCUGCUCUACCUACAUCUACUGCCACAGGUGAGACACUUCUCUGCCGCUCGGUUUGGUCUAAGAGGUCAAGCUUCGACACAGCAGUGGCUCGCUGUCGGCGUGGUGAGGAGAUGUUCAGCUGUUCCAGCUACUCACCAACUGGAGUGCGUGGUGGAGAGACAAUAGAGCUACGGGACGGGCAGAAAGUAUGUGAGGCCCAUCACAGCAUUGGAGGCCAGGGCGUGUACGCUGUAGCUCGCUGCUGCAUUGGGAGCAGCGUAAAGUGCCAGGCCACUUCCAGCCUCCAUGUGGGCGUUGACGCAGAGUGCCCUAGCCAAGAGUAUCAGCUUACAGGAUGCAGCUCUCACUACAUCAGGUCCCAAGAUGUAGCAGAGCUCUCAUGGCCUCUUCAUAGCAACAGUAAAGCAUGUCCUGCUGGAGAAGGCGGGACAUCACAUGCCUCCUGUUGCCAUGCUCCGAAUCUGGAAUGCCAUCUGAUCGAACACCACCAAUCUGAAUUUACAGAACAGGUGGAGGUGUCGUGUGAGGACUCCUGGACGCUUACAGGAUGUAAUGCAGUGGCUCAUGGUUCGGUCACUCAUGGGGCAUACACACGAGGAAACACCUGCGUGAUCCAGAUGUUCGGAGGAGUUAAAGGAGCUGCUGCUAUCGCCAUCUGCUGCAGAUAUCGGCCACUUGAUCAACAGGAAAACAAAUCCCAUGAGCAAAACUCCUAAUGAGAGUUUACCGAUCAGGUCCAAGUGUUCUGUCCAUCAUGACAUGGUAUAUUGGACCACGAUGCAUUUCAUUCAUCAGCCGUUCCAGACAGAUAUAUAUAUAAAUAUAUAUAUAUAUAUAUA